GAUAAAGCAUCUCAAUGAUAUAAAUAGUCGACCGUUCAAGGCACGAUUUAAGUACCAUCUGAUCGUAUUAAAAGAGUUCAGGUUCGGGGUUUCGACAUGAACAGAACGCUCUUUGGAAUCGCCCUUCUAGGCCUGUGCAUUUGCCUAUCUAUUGCCGAUGAACCAGAUGUUCCAGCGUGUCCGGAAAAUGACGAUGGACAAGCGGAAUUUCUAGAAGAUCCGGAGGAUUGCAACUCUUACUAUGAGUGCAGUAACGGACGUGCCAUUCAUUUUUCUUGUCCACCCGGAACGUACUAUGAUGGGAAUAAAAAGUGCCAGUGGCCGGAGAAUGUGGACUGUGGAACCCGACCAACCACCCUUGAACCACCUACAACUGAACCUUCCACAGAUCCACCGACGACGGAUCUUCCUAAACCUGGCCCGGUCUUGGUCCGGUAGAUGAUAGUGAAAAACCGACUGGAAUAAUGCGAGAUCUUUGUCUACCUAAUAGAAAAUAUAUGUACUAAACCCAAA